ACCAAACACCGCCUCCAUUAAAGAGACGAGGGAGGGAGAGAAGCUAGAAAAUCAAAAUCGCAGAAAUUCGAACAGGAUGAAGAUAGAAGAAGUACAAUCCACCUCUAAGAAGCAGAGAAUCGCCACUCACACACACAUCAAAGGCCUUGGUCUUGAGCCCGAUGGGAAAGCAAUACCUUUGGCAGCUGGGUUUGUGGGCCAGGCAUCGGCGAGGGAAGCUGGUGGUCUUGUGGUUGAUAUGAUUCGCCAAAAGAAAAUGGCUGGUCGUGCACUGUUAUUUGCUGGUCCACCUGGUACUGGAAAAACUGCUCUUGCCCUUGGAAUUUCACAAGAGCUUGGUAGCAAGGUUCCUUUUUGCCCAAUGGUUGGAUCGGAAGUGUAUUCGUCAGAAGUAAAGAAAACUGAGGUUCUAAUGGAGAAUUUUCGACGAGCGAUUGGUCUCCGUAUUAAAGAAAGCAAGGAGGUUUAUGAAGGAGAGGUAACUGAAUUAUCUCCAGAAGAAACCGAGAGUGUGACAGGUGGAUACGGCAAAAGUAUUAGCCACGUCAUAAUUGGGUUGAAAACCGUAAAAGGGACCAAACAAUUGAAGUUGGAUCCAACAAUAUACGACGCCUUGAUUAAGGAAAAAGUAGCUGUAGGUGAUGUUAUAUACAUUGAAGCAAAUAGCGGAGCAGUUAAAAGGGUUGGGAGAAGUGACGCUUUUGCCACUGAGUUUGACCUUGAAGCCGAAGAAUACGUUCCACUUCCUAAAGGAGAGGUUCACAAGAAGAAGGAAAUAGUCCAGGAUGUUACAUUGCAUGAUCUCGAUGCGGCGAAUGCACGGCCUCAAGGUGGGCAAGAUAUAUUGUCUCUAAUGGGGCAGAUGAUGAAACCUAGGAAAACUGAAAUAACCGACAAGCUACGUCAGGAAAUAAAUAAGGUCGUUAACCGGUAUAUAGACGAGGGUGUGGCAGAACUCGUUCCUGGUGUCUUAUUUAUCGAUGAGGUUCACAUGCUGGAUAUGGAGUGCUUUUCGUAUUUAAAUCGUGCUUUAGAAAGCUCGCUAUCUCCCAUUGUGAUUUUUGCCACAAAUCGAGGAAUUUGUAGCGUCAGAGGAACCGAUAUGACUAGUCCUCACGGUAUACCAGUUGACUUGUUGGACCGAUUGGUUAUUAUAAGAACAGAAACCUACGGUCCCGCUGAAAUGAUACAGAUAUUAGCUAUCAGAGCUCAGGUUGAGGAACUCAAAAUCGACGAGGAAAGUCUGGCUUUUCUUGGAGAGAUCGGACAACAAGCAUCUUUGAGACAUGCCGUUCAGCUGUUAUCUCCUGGCAGCAUAGUUGCUAAGAUGAAUGGUCGUGAUAAUAUUUGCAAGGCGGAUCUGGAAGAAGUGAGUUCUCUUUAUUUGGACGCCAAAUCUUCGGCAAAGCUUCUUCAGGAGCAGCAGGAUAGAUACAUAUCGUGAUAAAUUUGGAUUGAAUCGAUAUGUAAGUUCUUAGAUAUUAUCGACUCUAUGAGACAAUUGAAUUGUGCUCGAACUCUAACUUUUGCAAUGGUCGCGAUUCUCAAUUUAUCUUGCGACAGUAGUCAAUAUUUUUUUCCUUGUGCAAUUGAGUGAAAUCCGUUUUCA